AUGAAAAAAAAAAAAAUACUGAACUCUGAAAGCGACCCCUUGCCAUUCCAGUUCUGGCACAGAUAUGCACCUCUCACGCAAUCGGCAACCUUUGUAGACGUCGACUAUCCACAGCUGAUGCAACGGAAACGGGAUACCAUGCUCAGCAAUGGUCUUCUUCGAGACGCUUUGCUCAAGACCAAACUGCGCCAUGCCGAACAGCCUGUAUAUCUCCGUAGUGACAAGUACAUGGCAUUGGGCUGUGAUCUCAAAGACCUCGUGACACUCGAACGUCUUUUGCGGGCCGAAUUUGAUGUUCCGUCGUCCUCGAUCCUGUUCGUCGCCGAGGUGUCCGUUACCUAUAUGCCGCUAAACGACUCUGAUGCACUUAUACGAUGGGCUAGUACCAUCGAAGACGCUCGCUUCUGCAUACUAGAACAGUACCUUCCCCAAGGCCCAGCCCAUCCCUUUGCCAAGACUAUGCUGUCUCACUUCGACAAGCUUAAAGCAUCAAUCAACGCGGUUAAGUUGCAUUCAUCGCUAACUCAGCAAGCCACUCGUUUUCGUAAUGCAGGAUGGCCAACUCUAAUCAUGGCCCGUAAUCUAUGGGACCUUUGGUCCGAUGAUGCUUUUACCCCUCCCGCGCUCAGAAGCGGGCUGGAUGCUAUAGAGCCGUUUGACGAGUGGGAAGAAUUCGCGCUAUUUGGCGGUCAUUAUUUCCUACUCGUCGCCUCGAAUUCGGAGCAACGGAGAACGCCCGAAUCGAUCCACAGUGAGGUAGCAGCCACCGGAGAGUGCAGCAAGGCUAUCGAUGCGCAGAGUAUAGCCCUUGAGAUUCCAGAGCAAUCCACUGGUGCCGUAACACCACGACGUUUCACAGCAGCUUUCGCUGUUGACAAGGACUCGGUGGCCUUCCACGGAGGUCAGGGGACGCGUGCUCGUCUCGCCGAUAUGGAUGUCCUGAGGCGGGAAGAUCACAACGGGGAUCGUAUCAGCAAGCCUUGUGACUUGCUACCUACUGCACGCAUGUGCCAUACUAUCACAUCAAUGCACAACGGUGAAGCGUUGUUGGUCGGAGGGCGCGGAUCGCCUACCCAGGCUUGUGCAGAUUGCUGGCUCUUCGCUCAUGGAGCUUGGACCAAAGUGGAUGACCUUGUGCCAGCGCGAUAUCGUCAUUGCGCUGUAGCUGUUACAUUAGGAAGUGGGGAAUCACAGACCCAUGGUGUUUUCGUCUUCGGUGGCAAAGCCAGUGACGGCACAGUACUCGAUGCCGAACACUACUGCGCCUUAUGGACUGCCAACAACGGAUGGCACAGCAUUCCCGUUGACGGACCGUGCCCGUCUGUACGCUUCGGCGCCGCGAUUUCCACGAUCGGUUCUGCUCAAGAUUGGGGGCUGCUGAUAGGAGGUGCCAACAAGAGCGGCGUGGUCAUGGAAGACGCGGUGUGGGAGUGGUCCGUUUCCGCCACACCAACACCACGACUCAACUUUAGGCACCGCACCAAUGAUGUGCGCAGCAGCUUGGAAAACUCUGCAUGCGCGCGUAUAGGUGCCAAUCUAGUCCCUUGGAAUGAUUCCCUGAUGUUGAUUGGAGGUGUUUCAAAGAAGCAUAUCCACUCUCUAUCAGACGACUUCCUGCUCUUGACAUGCAAGGACACGGCAAUCGAAGUGGAGUGCCUCAGUAUGCAGGUCUCACCACCAACAGCAUGGCCUUUGCUAGUGGGUGUAGGGGCGGUUUCAACAUCUCGAGGCGAGAUUGUGCUUGCAGGAGGAGGGGCGGUAUGCUUCUCAAUGGGAAGCUACUGGAACGAAGAACCGAUGACCAUAUUUCCCGGUCCUUCACAAGGGGCUAAGCCGUGGCGUCGCGUUGUGCCGAGUCAGGUCAGCGGCGCAGCAGGCACAGAAGGCACAGCACAAGCGAGCACUGCUGAAACGACGACCAAAAGCCAACGAGGGGAAGCGAAAGCGAGAAAGAGACCUGCUACUGCUGCACAUACUACUGAGAUUGCCAGAGUGCAAAUCCAGUCGUCAGAUGACUUUGCGAAGCUGACGGCGUCGUUGAAACCGGCCAUCAUCGAAGGCCUCGAUAUCGGUCCGUGCACAGACUUAUGGACACUUGACUACCUAAAAGAGAAGCUUGGCCCAGAAAGGGAACUCGUCAUACACGAGUGCUCUUCAGACCGUAUGACAUUCAAGGACAAGAACUUUUCGUACAUCAAGAGAUCGGUCUCAGAUUUUCUGGGCGGAAUAGCACAAGGGUCUCAUGCAUAUCUUCGUGCUGUGUCAUCAAGUCAGCCGAACAAGCUGCCCACCAAACUUGAAGAAGAUUUUCCGACAAUCUCCAACGAUUUCCGUGUGCCCGCUGUGUGCAACAUAGUUCAAGAGAACUACCACAGCUCACCCCUUCGCAUCUCUGGGCCUGUGACCUUAUGGCUACACUAUGACGUCCUAUCCAACAUCCUCUGUCAGAUCCGCGGUUCAAAAACCCUAUUUCUCUAUCCACCUACCGAUGUGUCCCUACUGGACUUCCCCCCUGGUGGCUCAUCCUCCAAUAUCGAUGUCUUGACCUCUAAAAACCCUAAGCUUCGACGCACUCAUCCCCACGUUGCUUCACUUAAGCCAGGUGACAUACUGUACAUACCACCCAUGUGGAGUCAUACAGCUACACCGGAAGACGGCGUUAGCGUGGCAGUCAACGUAUUCUGGAAGGGGCUGGAGAAGGGGUACGCGGCAGGUAAGGAUGUGUACGGAAAUAGAGACUUGCAAGCAUAUGAAAACGGUAGAAGAGACGUGGAGAAGAUUGUUAAAGCAUUCAGAGAUCUACCAGUCGACGUGUCCAAGUUUUAUCUAGCCAGACUUGCGGACGAGAUAUCGGAGAGAUCGGAAAAGCUGGGAGAGAAGAAGCGAACGAGUGAUAGCAGGGAAGAUGAGCGAUAG